CUGUCCUGGCACUCUUUAAUACGGCAGACAGAAAAAAAACAUGUUCUGCUGUUGUCGAAAACAAAAAGUAAUCCCUGUCCAUGGAGAGCAGAGGGGUACUCCCUGCUUUAUUUGGAUUUUGGAGAGGUGAAGACGAAACCUGCAGAGUUGUUUUUAUCGGCGAGUCAGAAGAGGAAAGAGAGUGAUGAAAAGAGAUACAGAGCAGAGAUGACGGCACUUUGACGCAGGAGGUGCGUGUGAAACCUAAACGCCACGACAGCGACAGAAACAGGGCAAGAAUGAGUCAAACUUCAAUCGAGCUUCAGCAAUCGGACCGCUCAAAGUCACACCCAGAACCCGAGAGCCGGCUACAGCCUGUGCCUCAGCUGCAGCUGACAGAACAACCUCAGCAUUUCCACCAGCUCCAGCAACAGAACCCACUCCAGCCUGGGCAACAACAACUAUUAAACACUGAGCGUCAAGAGAAGUCGGUGUGGGUAACACCUCAGAGACUGUUUGGUCUUCUUCUGGUAUUUUUUAUAGGAAUUGCCAUUCUGGGACUAGCCUACUACCUUCACCACGUUCUGCACACAGGGAGUGGGAACAAUGCAGCAAAUGUAACCCCGUGUGUUUCUACCGCCUGUCAGUGGGCUGCUGCUCGUCUGUCCAUGUCCACUGACCCCUUCACCCAGGCCUGUGAUUACUUUGUGUCCAUGUGUGGUUCAAAAAGACUCCAGCUCAAAAGCAAAGGGAGACAAAGAAGUCACGGUAUACUGGGUCAUUCACAAAACCCGAUUGAAAGGUUAGCAGAAACGGACAAACAAAAUAAAACGGAACGCAGAAGACUGAGAGAAGAUACGAUUCUGAGCCGAAAAACUCUGCUGCUGCAAUAUCUCAGAGGGAUUUUAGAGACCAACCAAAGUUCAAGCAGCUCAGCAGUUCAGAAGACUAAAGACUUCUACCAUUCCUGCUUAGACACCAGAUCUCUGGAAGCUGUGGGGGCAGAGCCAUUUCUCAGACUCAUCCAGAAGUUGGGAGGGUGGGCUGUGUCUGGACAGUGGAAUAGGACUGAUUUCAACUACACCCUCGGUUUGUUAAUGAGAGAAUAUGGGACAUUUCCAUUCUUCAACCUCUACAUAGGCAAAGACCUGAAUGAAGCUGCCAGCAACCGGACAAAGAGAUACAUUCAGAUUGAUCAGCCGGAUCUGUUGAUCCCAAUUGAGUGGAACAGCCAAACGCAAAAGUCAAGAGCUAAAACUGAGACUUUACGUCCCUUCCUGGCGUCAUGUCAGAGCUACCUGGCUUUCCUGGGAUCCCCGCCGUCCAUGAGGAUGCUCCACGUUGGCACCUUCAUCUCUCUGUCCUCAGAGCUCGCUGUCGCCGCUUCACCCCUGCAGUACCGCCUGUCAAAGGGACAGCUCUAUCAGCGGAUGACAAUAAGAGAUCUACAGAGUCAGGCCCCUGCUAUUGACUGGUUGGGCUGUCUGCAGGCUGCUUUCCAUCCUCUGUCCCUCACAGAAGACGAUCAUGUCCUCCUGCACAACUUGCCUUACAUCAUUCAAAUGUCCCGCAUCAUCAACAAAUGGUUGCAUAAGCCUGAAAUGAGUAACAGCGGUAUUCUUCACACCUUUAUGGUCCUGAAUCUGUUGCACACCCUGAUGCCCGCCAUGGAUUCCAGAUUUUCAGAAACGGCAAAGAAUUUUUCUUUGGCAUUGGGGAACAUUGAAGAGGAAGUCCCUCGCUGGAAACAAUGCGUACUGGAGACCGAAAGAGGAUUUGAUUCAGUUCUCACACAUCUUCUCGGUGAGACGACUGCACGUCGAGAGACAGAAGAAAUUGUUGAAAACGUCUUUUUUGCCUUCAUUUCCAAAAUAACGGAUCUCAGGUGGAAAGAUCAAAAGUCUUUUCAGCGUUUCAUUGACAAGGUUUACUCCUCACCUCCAAGACUAUUGUCUUCAAAGGAGAUUUCUAAUGAAGAUGAUCUUGACCUAUUAUUCUCUGAGGUGACGGUCAGCUCCAGUGGCUUCUUUACCAAUUACCUUCAGCUACUUUCCCUUUGGCAGAAGAGACGCAGUAAACUCUUGGCUGCGCAGACUGAGGAUGCCGACAUUCUGUCUGUCGCACCCUCUCUGGUGAGUAACGGGCUUCUCUUCCCAAUGGGGAUGUUCGUCCCUCCUCUUUUCCACCCCACCUAUCCAAAGGCCAUGAAUUAUGGUGCAGUGGGUUUCCUUGUUGCUAAAGAUAUCUUUCAUCUGUUUCUGCCUGAGAUUUAUUCUCACAACCUGACUAUGCGUGCUGUGGGAGAAUGUGUGUGGACUCACUACCUCAAAGCUACUGAAAAAGCAGGACAAGUUCAGGCGACAAAUCUGUCUACGGCGUGGCAGGAGGAGGUGUGGUUGCAAUACUCUUCACUGCAGGUGGCACUACAGGCCUAUCAUCAGAGUCUAAACCAGAAUCCUGCAGACACCUCGGUUUCAGGGUUGCAUCACACGCAGCUGUUUUUCAGAUCUUUCUCUCAGGUCAGCUGUGACACUGACCUAGACGGUGAGUCCAUGCCUCUGGACGCCUCCUUCUUGAUCCCGGUCAUGUGUGCUGAGUCUGGUCUGUGUCCAACAAGCCCACAGUGCUCGAUUAAAGCUCAGCAGGACAAAUCACAAGCAUGCUGACCACAGUCUGUAACCACGAGCUGGACUUCAACCCCAGAAAUAUUCUGGGUUCAGGAAUAUUCACAUCAUUAAAACUUUGCUAAUAUAUACGUAUAUGUACACUUCAACACUGCAGUUUUUUAUUAGCCCUGGUUGUUUUUCUAAAAUGAUGCAAAUUGCAUUACUUGCACAAGUUGUUUGGGAUUGGUUUAAAUAACUAACAUUAGAUUUUUUAAAAAUUAAUAUCACUUUUAGUCAGUGGUGAGAGUUUUAACAAAGGAAGUAUAAGCUACCUGUUUUAUGUGAACUGUCUGCUGUUAAUAUCACUCUCAGAGGAAUCAUUUGUUUAUUGCAUUUUAUCCAGGCAUAUCUCACAAAAACACAAAUCAUGACAAUUUUGCUUCUUUGGGCCUCUAACGUAAAUACAAAUAAAUCUAUUAAUACUGAUAGAAGUAGUUUAUCUGUGAACAUUUAAAAGAAUCAGGAAUUUUGUAACAACACAAAGAAUGUUCAUUCAAAUCAAUAAAAAUUGGUUCCGGA